AUGAGUGAAUACGAAGCCUCGGGUGACAUGACGGAAGUGUCUGCAGAAAAAAUCGAGUCUGACCUUCCGACAUACUAUCUUCCUCAACACGUUGUGUUGAAGCCCGAUAGCACGACUACCAAGAUUCGUGUGGUUUUCGAUGGAUCUUCAAAGACUUCAUCUGUAUUAUCACUUAAUGAGGUUCAGCACGUAGGACCCACGGUUCAGGGUGACCCAAUUUCGAUCGUCCUGAGAUUCAGAAAGCACAAAAUUGUACUUUCAGCGGACGUUGCCAAAAUGUACCGCUGUAUUUAUGUCGAUGAGGAGCAAAGACGUUUACAGCGAAUUCUUUGGCGCACGGACAACUCUGAACCUUUACAAAUUUAUGAAUUAAAUACUGUGACAUACGGAAUGGCCGCAGCAUCUUAUUUAGUUACGCGCUGCCUUCGCCAGCUUGGAGAGGAAAAUAAGGAAGAACAUUCAACUGCGAGUAAGGUGAUCAUUUCCGAUUUCUAUGUUGAGGAUCUUUUGACAGGUGCAGACUCUCUUGACGAGGCGCGAGCGCUCAAGGAUGAGCUCACGUCGAUUUUGGAACCAGCCGGCCUCUCAUUAAGAAAAUGGGUAUCGAAUGACGAAAGAGUUUUUAAUUAA